AUGGCGUCGGGCGGCGGGCAGCUCGGCGGCUUGUUCGACCACCACGUCCAAAGGGCUGCCUGCGACACGCGGGCCAAGUACCGGGAGGGGCGACGGCCUCGAUCCGUGAGGGUAUAUACAAUUAAUUUGGAAUCUCGGUACUUAAUAAUACAAGGAGUUCCUGCAGUGGGAGCGAUGAAGGAAUUAGUUGAACGAUUUGCUCUGUAUGGUGCAAUCGAGCAGUAUAAUGCUCUAGAUGAAUACCCAGCAGAAGAAUUUACAGAAGUUUAUCUUAUUAAAUACAUGAACUUACAAAGUGCAAGGAUAGCCAAGAGGAAAAUGGAUGAACAGAGUUUCUUUGGUGGAUUGCUUCAUGUGUGCUAUGCUCCAGAAUUUGAGACAGUUGAAGAAACUAGAAAAAAAUUACAAGAGAGGAAGGCUUAUAUAGCAAGAGUUACUAAAAAUAAAGAUUAUUUUAUGACAAAGAAGAAACUGGUUACAGAGUAUAAAGAUACAGAAGAUUUUAGACAGAACUUCCACUCAAAGAAAUCUGGAUUUUGUGAGGCUGUGCUGAACACUUCUUCUGGGAACUCAGAUCCUUGUCUUCCUUAUUCUUGUGAACUGCCUUUAUGUUAUUUCUCCUCAACAUGUAUGUGUUCAUCAGGAGAGUAUGAGAAUGGAGCAUCAAGCUCCUCUCAGUUUGGGAGAAACUGUGAUGAAACAGUGGGGCAUUGUCACCACAAUGACUCUUUGCAGAAAAUGCAGAUGAAAACUUUAAAAACUUCAGUGGCCUGCCCUGGUGCACAGAAGGCUCUUACUCCUUCAGAGGCAGUGGAUAGAUUUAUGCCUAGGACAACACAACUGCAGGAGCGGAAGAGAAGAAGAGAAGAUGAUCGUAAACUUGGAUCUUUUCUUGAAACAAGCACUAGCAGUAAUGAGGUGCUAAUUGGGCCUCAGUUACCAGACAUACCCAAAGUGGAUAUGCAUGAUGACUCCUUGAAUACAACAGCGAAUUUAAUUCGGAAUAAACUUAAAGAGGUGAUUUCAACUGUGCCAAAGCAACCAGAGGACAAGCUAGAAGAUGUGCAUACAAGUCAUCCAUUAAAACAAAGAAGAAGAAUAUAA